UUUUCUCUGCCUGGAGUCAUAUGAUGUGAAUCUGAAGAAGAAGGAACACGCCUGUCAGAGAGGCUUUCCCUCUACGGAAACCACAUAAGAGAGUGUCCAGCUCUGCAAAGAGGAACAUGUUUCUGUGCUAGGGGAAAGUUAGCCAAGGACGGUGAUGUCAGCGUGGUAACCGAAAGAAGAAGACACUGACAGCUUCCUUCGUAGUGACAACCGGCUAGCUGUUUUAGCCAAUGUUAUAUGAUGUAACACAGCUAGUAUUCAGUAUUGUGAUGUAAUGGUACGAGUGGCAAAAGUGGCACUUUUCGAGUCAUGCUACCGUAGCAAUGCUGCGACAGUGUGGUCGCCUCUCGAAGCUUUCAACUCGGGUUUAGGGGCGCUGCUGAUUGACCUAAAUGCACCUCAACCCGUCAGCUGGAAAACAAUAUUUCAAAGACCAUGGUUAACCAGGAGGAAUUGGAAGAAAGGCUAAGGAGGCUCCUAGUGAGGCUCAACACCCCUCAAGAGGACAGACAGCUCAUCACACUGAUUCAGAUUAUCCAGGAUCUGCUUUUCCUGGCGCACACCGACAAUGCGCCUGAGCUAUUCGAGGACAAAAACGUCCACGUCCCCCUCAUGGUGGUGCUGUCAUCCCAUAUGAGAAGCCGAGGAGUCCAGGAGUCUGGUUGGUCGUUGCUGUGUAGGCUGAUUGAAAUAUGCCCGAGGACACUGGACGAGCUGACCAGACCUCUGCAGGCGGCCAAGGACUGGGGGACCCUGGGAGUGCAUCAGCAGAUCCUGAAAGCUCUGUCUCAGUUCAGCACAGACUGCAGAGUGACCAUGGUUGGACUGAGAGCUCUGGCUCUCCUGCUCAGAUCAGAGGCGAUUCCUCUGCUGGUGCUGGAGGAAGAGGAGGACGUCUUUGGCCUGGUGGUGCAGGGGAUGAAGACGUUUCCUACCAGUGAAGAGGUUCAGCUGCAGGGCUGUGUAGCUCUGGAGUUACUCCUGGAGAAAGUAAGUGAUGAACAUCUUGUGGAGUUUGUGGAGAACCAGGAUCAUGUUGCGGUUCUGGCAGUUCUGCAGAGUUUCCUGGACAACCCUCAGCUCCUCCAGCAGGCCAUGAAGGUGCUCCUUCCGCUGACUCGACCUGGCAGUAAUGUGGAGGUGUUGAUGUCAGGAGGCGCUCGGUGCUACAGUCUAAUCAUAGCCGCUAUGGAUGCUUUUCCUGAGGUGGAGGAGUUGCAGGAGACGGCCUGCUGCCUGUUCAGGAAGUUAACAUCAGAGAGUUACUUCAACAUCUUGGUACUGAACGGCGCCCAGAGAGUCGCAGUGAGAGCCUGUCAAACUUUCCUUGACAACCCGACUCUGCAAGCUGCCACUCUCUCCUGCCUGGCCGACCUCACUGCUACCAUCGUGCAGAACAAGGCGGUGGCUGAGCAGGGUCUGGAGGAAGGAGAGGAGGAGGAGAACAGGGGGAGGGAGGAGGUGGAUGACAUGGGCCUUGGUUGGAUGGAGGCCUGCUGUAUGGCACUGGAGCUCCACGCUGCUGAACCUGCUGUUCAGGAAGCUGCAAGUUGGGCGAUUCACAAUCUGUUACUGCAUGGAGCGGAAGUGAACCAAUCAGAAGAGGAGCAGGAUGAGAGGACUCCUGUUCAUAGACAGUUGAUGGUGGCCAUGCUGCUCCACUCUUCCUCUCCCCGUGUGUUUGAAGCUGCUACCAGUGCUAUCGCCACACUCAUCACACACAACAGUAAAAUGUGUUCCCUGCUGCUCUCCAGUGGCCUUCAUGUAAAUUUAGUGGAGAUGAUGAAGAGGCAUUCGACCUCUGUUGAAGUUUCCAUCAGUGCGUGCAAACUGCUCAACCUGCUCUUCCAGGGAAGGACAGCCAGUCUCGAUGAGCUGAACAUGGCCAUGAGUCAGAUCCUCAGCACCAUGAAAGUCCACAAUUUCCACCCCGAGGUUCAGCUGGAGGCUCUGAAGGCCAGCCUGGUUUUCCUCUGCCCAGACAGGAGUUUGAGGGAGCACGGCGUCUCUGUCUCUGAUCCCGACAUGGCUGACGUUUCCCUGAAGGUCCUGAAAAACCAGUGUGUGGUGGAAGGAGCUCACACGCUCUAUUUGGAGGUUCUCAACAGGUUUAUCAGCAGCUCCACCAUACAGAAGUGCGGAUUAAAGGUGCUGUCUGCUCUGGCUGACUGCUCCGGGGCUGUGGACUUGCUCUGCCAGCAGGGGGCGAUAGACACAGUGCUGCAUACACUACAGAUGUUCCCACAGGAACGAGAGAUACACUACUGGGGUCUCACCCUGCUCAACUACCUCGUAUCCAAGAAGAAGCUGUCAAGGAUGAUCGUACCCGUUCUGGCGUCUGUUUUGGUCGCCUCACUCAUCCAGUACAAAGAAGACUCUGAGAUGCUCCUGAAGGGUUUUCAGGUGGCUUUAAGGAUGCUUGAUGCGUGUUCAGGGGCAGCUGCUGAGCUUCAGAGAGAAAAUUUGGACAGGCUGAUCUUCCAACAACUCAGAGAGGAGAACUCAGACCAGAACAACAACCCACUGCGUAAGUCAGUGUGCCUGGCUCUGUCAAAGAUGUGGUGCGACUCCGAGCUGCACUAUGGUAUGCUGGAAAAGGCCUGCGAGGACGGAGACACGACAUUAGCUGAGUGUCUAAUUGAACUGGGCGCUGACGUCAACAGGAAGACCAAAACAGAAUCUCUCAUCUACCAGGUGUGUGAGAGAGGAGGCCCAUUGGACCUUGUAGAGCUCCUACUCAGCCGGGGAGCCCAUGAGCAGUACCUCCGCCGAGCUCUUGCUGUGAGCGUGAAGAGAGGGGACGGACCCACGGUUAUCCAGCUGCUGGGUCGCCUGGGUCUGGACCUCAACAACAGCGCCCUCUGCCUCGGGGGAUUCAGGCUGGGCCGUCUAGACUCCACCUGGCUCAGCUCCCUGCUGGCAGAAAGAAGCCGAGCAUGCAGUUUCCGUUACAACAAAAGUAAAGGUAUGAGCUUGGCAAGGUAUAUUCAGUCUCUGCAGAAGUCCAAGGGCAGCAGCGGUCCUCCAAGAUCUCUAGCAGACCCCUGCCUGACAUCCGGCUACAUCUCUGAAGAGAGCGACGACUCAAACUUCAGCUUCGUCUCAGGGGAAGACAGCUUGUUUUUCAAUGAUGAUAUGGAGAGUGAUGGAAGUGAUUCACUGUCUGGGGUUCUGUCUCCAAAGCCACAUAAUAAUUCAUCAGAGGAGUUAAGGGGAGGUUCAUUCAGAAGGAAGCAUGGACGUCGCAGACAUGCCAGUGCAGAGAGUGGUCUAACAGAGAUGGACCACAGUGAGCCUCUUCACCGGAGAAAUGGAAGAAUAGGCUCAAACCAAAAAGUGCUUGGAUCUGUUGAGAACUCUGCUGCUCUGCCUAAAGAGAGGGAGAGGAUCCGCCUGCUGGAUCUGUCUGGUAACGAGCUGGACUCUCUAUCCUGUCUGAUGGAUGACGGCUUUGUCCAGCAGCAGCUGGGCCAUCUCCUCCGCCUGGAUCUAAGCCACAACAACCUGUUAGAGUUUCCCUCAGCUCUCUGCACGAGUUUGAAGAGUCUUACUCGACUGGACCUGCAGGGAAAUCAGCUCCGGUCGCUGCCGGUGGAGCUUCUGUCUCUGCUUUCCCUGAGUAUGCUGAACGUCUCCCGUAACUGUGUCGGACCCCUUCUGAACUUUGACCCUGCUGUCAGCUGUCCAUCACUGCGGCAGCUCAAUUUGUCCUUCAACAAAAUCACCACAUUUCCUCAUGAUCUGGGCCAGGUCAUGAGUCACCUGGAAGAGCUGUUUAUGGAAGGUAACAGUAUAACUGAGCUGAGUUCACCUCUGUGUCUGUUGGAGAUCAAGCUGUUGGAUGUGAGCAAGAACAGCGUGGAGAAUAUUUCACCCGACUUCCUGACAGGCUGCCCCAAACUGGAAACUUUCAGCGCCUCUAUGAACAAAAUCUGUUCUCUGUCAAAUCUACCAUCCAAGAUCACAACACUAAAACUGGCAAACAACAACUUCACUGACGUUCCAGAGGCGAUACUGAAUCUACCAAACUUGCGGUCAGUUGAUAUGAGAACAAACAACAUUGCUGCUCUGCCCGGUCCGGGUUUAUGGGAAUCAUGCAACCUCAGAGAGCUUAUGUUCAGUCAGAACUGUAUCACGGCUCUGGAUCUGAGCGGACCGAUCUACAGGUGGGCCAGACUGGAGAAACUUCACCUGAGUGACAACAAACUCACUGAGAUCCCUCCACAGAUCGGCCUGUUAGAAGGCCUGACCUCCCUGGAUGUGAGUCGUAACACAAACCUGCGCUCUUUCCCUGAUGAGAUGGGAAAACUGAGCCGGCUAUGGGACCUGCCACUGGAUGGCCUUAAACUCCAGCUGGACCUCAAACUUAUCGGCAACAAGACCAAAGACAUUGUCAGGUUCUUGCAGCAGCGUCUGAAGAAAGCUGUCCCGUACUACAGGAUGAAGCUCAUCGUUGUGGGGAAUGCAGGGAGUGGUAAAACCACCUUGAUCCAGCAGAUGAUGAAGCUUAAGCGCUCCCAAGUAAACUCAAAGGUGACCGCUGUUGGCAUUGAUGUCAGGGACUGGACCAUCAGGGAACGGGACAAGAAGAAAAUGGUGCUAAACGUCUGGGACUUCUCAGGUGGAGAGGAGUUCAGCGGCUCUCACCCUCACUUUCUGACUUCCAGAGCUCUGUACUUGGUGGUUUACAACCUCAGCAAAGGAGCCAGCGAGGUGGACGCCCUCAAACCCUGGCUCUUCAACAUCAAAGCAGUAGCUCCUCUGUCUCCAGUCAUCCUGGUGGGAACCCACACAGAUGUGAGCGACGAGCUGCAGCUUCAAGCCUGCCUCACAAAGAUCAGAGAGGAGCUGCUGAGCCAUCAGGGCUUCCCAACCAUCAGAGACUACCACAUGGUCUCCGUCUGUGAGGACUCAGACUCCCUAAACAAACUUCGCAAGACCAUCGCCAGAGAGGUCACCAGCUUCAAAAUCCAGGGUCAGCCGGUCAUGGGUCAGCUGGUUCCUGACAGCUAUGUGGAGCUGGAGCGUCGGGUUCUCCUGGAGAGAACCAGGGUUCCUCCAGAGUUCCCUGUUCUCAGGCAUCAGGAGAUCAUGCAGCUCAUUCAGGAGAGUCAGCUGCAGCUGGAGGAGGCUGAGCUGCCACACGCCGUCCACUUCCUCAGUGAAGCAGGAGUUUUGCUGCACUUUGACGAUCCUGCACUUCAACUCCAAGACCUUUACUUUAUCGACCCACAAUGGCUGUGUAAUAUCAUCUCCCAGAAACUCACUUCAAAGAGCUGUGGUAUCUGGGAGCAUCCAAAGGGAAUCAUUCAGCGCUCAGUGGUGGAGAAGUUCCUAUCUGAGACCAAAUUUUUCCCCAAGAUCCACCUGAAGCAUUUUUUCAAACUACUGGAGAAGUUUCAGAUCGCUCUACCCUUCGGUGAUGACCAGCUGCUGAUACCCAGCAGCUUGUCCAAGCACAGACCCAUGAUAGAUUUGCCCCACUGUGAGAACUCUGAGGUGAUUGUACGUCUUUAUGAGAUGCCGUAUUUCCCCAUGGAUUACUGGUCUCGUCAGAUCAGCCGCCUGCUGGAGUUUUCCUCUUAUCUGCUUUGCGGAAGAGAAAAAGUGCUAAGACCAAACAGGAUCUACUGGAGGAGAGGCGUGUACUUGAGCUGGUCCCCGGAGGCGUACUGUCUGGUGGAGGCGGCUUCAGAGGAACAGAAUCCCUCCAGCUUUGUCCGAAUAACUGUGCCAUGUUCACGCAAAGGCCGGGUGCUGCUUGGUCAGGUUGUUGAUCAUAUCGACUCUCUCCUGGAGGAGUGGUUUCCUGGCCUGCUGAACAUGGAUAUGCAUGGCAACGGUGAGGCUCUGCUGAAGAAAUGGGCUCUCUACAGCUUUGAGGACGGUCAGGAGUGGAGAAAGAUUCUGCUUGAGGACCUAUUCCCCUACUUUGACAAUGAUUUUCUGUUAUUUAAUCCGGAGGAUCCCCGCUGCACACUUCCCAUCUCUCAGAUCGCUCCUGACUUGGUGCUGAGUGAUCAGCCUGCAGGAACAAUACUGGACGGUGAAGAGCUGCAUGUGGACGGCUCUAAAGAGAACAGACUGGGGGAUGGUGGUUUUGGAACCGUCUAUCGAGGUUUCUACAAAAAUGAAGAAGUUGCUGUAAAAAUAUUCAACAAGCAUGCAUCAGAGCUUUACAUCUAUAGACUCCUCAGACAGGAGUUGGCGGUGUUAGGUCGUCUCCGUCACCCCAGCCUGGUAGGUCUUCUGGCAGCAGGCUCAGCGCCUCAGGUCCUGGUGAUGGAGCUGGCUCUGAGAGGCUCUUUGGACUCGCUGUUUGAACACGAGAACGGCAGCCUCAACCAAAAGCUGCAGCAUAGAAUUGCCCUACAAGUGGCCGACGGACUCAGAUACCUCCACUCAGUCAUGAUCAUCUAUCGCGAUCUAAAGCCUCACAACGUUCUUCUGUUCAACCUGAAAACCGACUCUGAGAUCAUUGCAAAGAUUACAGACUAUGGCAUCGCUCAGUACUGCUGCAGCAUGGGAGUAAGGAGCUCAGAGGGAACACCAGGGUUUCGAGCACCAGAGGUCGCCCGGGGUAAUGUGAUCUAUAACCAGCAGGCUGAUGUGUUUUCGUUCGGCCUUCUUCUCUACGACCUUCUGACCUGUGGUGAACGAAUCUCCGAUGGCAUGAAGUUCCCCAGUGAGUUUGACGAGGUUGCUGUGCAGGGAAAACUACCAGAUCCAGUGAAACACUACGGUUGCUCUCCCUGGCCAGGCUUCCAGGCUCUGAUGAAGGACUGUUUGAGAGAAAACCCUCAGAAUCGACCCACGUCUGCUCAGGUGUUUGACAGGCUGAAUUCAGGGGAGAUGCUGUGCCUGAUGAGGGAGCUGGUGGUUCCUCAUGCGUUCAACGCUGAGUGCUUCACGGUGAGCUCUGACAGCAGUGACAGCCCAUCAAACGGCAACAGAGCCUGGCUGGGUGGAGGCAGCAGUGCCCGGAGACUCGGCUCCAUCACUGCUGUGGACCUGGACACCAACAUAGUCACCACACAGGAGGUCAACAGCAGCCCUGUCUUGUGUCUUGUGACCGUCCAAAUCCCACACGAGACCUGUGAUUGGCUGGUUGCAGGCACCCAGUCUGGCUCCUUGGUGGUGAUCAGCACUCAGGACAUAUCUACAUGGCACCACCUGCAGAGUGUCACAGAUGCUGUCACAUCUCUGUACUUCCAUGUGCACCCUCGGCGCAAUCAGAGGAAGAAUUACUUGUUGGUUGGGACAGCUGAUGGAAUUCUUACUAUCUAUGAAGACUCAGUUCUCAAGCAGGCGAAUGGGCAGCCAGUUAAAACUGUCACUGUGGGAAAUGUCAACACGCCCGUCAUGUGUCUGGGCCAGUCAGUGCAUUCACUGGACAGCAGAUGCGUGUGGGCCGGCUGUGGAACCAAAAUCCUCUCCUUCACAGCCGACUAUGACGUCUGCAAGGCCAUCGACACAAGACCAAACCUCAUCUCCCAGCAGCGAUCUCUGAGCAGUGAAUCUUCUGUGUCUCGAAUGGUUGUGGAUAAAAACAUUUACCUGAGCAAAGCCGGGGCAUCGACUGUUGAAGUUUGGGAAAAGAGGAGUGAGAGGAUGGUGGACUGCAUUGACUGUGCCCAGAUCAUCAGACACGACUCUGUUUGCAGAGGCAGGCAGGGCAACGAGGCCGAGCUGCCCACUGAGGCGACUCCCUCCUGGGCCAGAGUGAAAGCCCUGCUGGUGCAGAGCGCUGCAACUCUCUGGAUCGGCACUAGAGGGGGCCACCUGCUGCUGCUGGAGCUCUCCAAACAUCAGACCCUGCAGGUCAUCAGCCCCAGCUGCAAUUCUAUCCGCUGCAUCGCUUCUGCACUUAUAGAAACCCUAAACUGGAAGAAUGUGGUGCUGGUUCUGGGCCGAAGACUCCCACAGGACAGGAAUCAGUUUGACGAGGAGUCGGUGCUGAUGGUGUGGAACAGCACGCUGCCGAUGGAGGUCAGAGACCUGAAAAAACACUGCGAGAAGAGAGAGCAGAUCGCUGCCAAAAUGAGAGAACAGCUGCAUCCUGACUGAGCCCACACGCAUCAAUACACAUCAUCUAAAAGGGAUCAGCUCAGGUGGAUGAAGUGUCAGCGGUUCACAGUGAAGGGGACGUGUACCUCGCUUUCUAACAGCCAUAUGAACUUUUCUUUUGCACUGAUGCUGAAGGACAAUGAGUGGAGCACAUUGCAAUGAGACAGCCGAAAGAAUUUCAAGAUUUUCAUGUUCUCUUCCUGAAGAGGCACAUUUCUGAAACAAUGUGCUGUGAUACACUAAAUGAGGACUGUUUAAUAUGAAGAGACAUUUCAGUAAAAGGGACACAGAUGGUCUAAUUUGUGUGUGAGCAGUGCAGAUGUUCACAAAGACCUCUGACUCCUGAUGAAUGUUUGUUUACGCGUACUUUAACAGAGAAAACAAACAGGAACUGUAAAGAAAGCCAAAGCUGAAUUAUUUUUAAUUAUAUAUUUGAUUAUUUAUUCUCAUCUGUGUUUACUUGAGCUUACAUUUGCUUCACAAUCAAAUACAGGAUUUCUCCAAUGCUGCCUGCUUUGUACACUGUUUUUAUGUGAAGUGUUUUUUAAAGAUGAAAAGAUGGUGAGUAAACAUUAUUAUACGUUCUGUGAA